AUGCGCUUCUUCCUCUCCUGUUUCGUCGCUCUUCUCGCCGUUUUCACGGCCACCGCGGUAAUCUGGCUUCGUUCUUUCACCAGUCGAAUUGUAUUCUUUUCAGCAAUUCAUUCCGACCUGGAACGUCGAUCCGUCGCUCUUCCAGCAAGCGCAGCCGGCCGCGGAGCCCAAUCUCUUCAAUUUCAUCCCAUCGCUCUUCCCCCAGCACACUGUCAAUCGGCCACCUACUCCACUCGGAUGGGGAAAGAAGAAGUAG